AUGUUCCACCGCUGGUACAACCCCUUCGGCGGGUGCCCUCCAUCCCCCCCUCCUCCUCCUCACCGUCACCACACCAACUCCAACUCCGAUGACGGCACCAAAUCGGAUUACUCCUCCGACUCCGACUCCGACUACUCGUCCGACUUCGACUACCAUGAACCUGACUGCUACUACUACUACGAACCCGAUUCCUCCCCCUUCCCUCGCCCUCGUCGUCGUGCUUUCCCUCCUUCACCCAUGUUCCACGGUGGUCAUAACCCUGUUUAUCAUCAUCAUCGCCUCCCUCGCUACUUCCCACCGCCCUUCGACCACCACCACCUCCUCCUCCACCACCAUGGCGUCGGCGGCUUCGGCGACAACCAGCACGCCGCCCUCCCCGCUCUUCAUCACCCUCUUCAUCCUACUCAUCCUGCCUCUCCGAGCUUCCCCCACCCCAACCAUCCACCACCCUCUCAACAACAACAACACCAACAAAACCGCCACAUCCCCUUCCCCUUCCCCCUCCCCCUUGCACUUCCACUUCCACGUCCUCCCAACUACUACCGUCUCCCCCCUCCGCCUCCGCCUCCGCCUCCGCCUCCGCCUCCACCUCCACCAGCCGCACGCAUGCAACGCAUAACCAACACCGACAACGGCCAGGGAUGGUGCGAGCGCGUGUGGAUGGCGGCGGAUCCGCGGAUGGCGGCGGCGGGGAUGGCACCGAGGAUGGAGCCGAGGAUGGCGCCGAGGAGGGGGUGGUGGUGGUGGGAGAGGGAUGGGGAUGGAAAUGGGUGUGGAGAUGGAGAUUGGGCGAGGUUGAGGGGUGGUGGUGGUGGUGAGGAGGGGAAGGGGGAGGGGAAGGGGGAGGGGGAGGGCAGGGAAAAGACGAAGAGGGGGAGGAGGAGGGGAGGGAGGAAGAGGAGGUCGAGCGAGUCGACUAAGGAGGGGAUUACGGUGACGAAUUUCGAGGAGGUUGGGGAGGAAGGCGGGGAGGGGGAGAAGGAGGCUGAGUACAAGGACGCGACUGCUUGGGAGGAGUGGGCGCAUGGAGGGAUGAGGAAGGGGGAAGGGAAGUCCAGAGGAACGGGGAAAGGAGGUAAGGGUCGCUCGAGUUGGUAG